AUGCGCGAGGUUCUCAGGUCGACUGCAGCAAGGCAGAUUGUGGCCAGAGCAACCUCCGGACCACACCUUCGUCCCCCAUAUCUGCUCUAUGCUGAUAAAGGAAUUAUAAUAUUAAAUAAGCCCCCAGGUCUUGUCUGUCAAUCAGACAAGGGUUUCGAACAGGUGAAAAAACUUCCUUACCUGAAAACCGAGCUCCGGCUUGAUGACAUCCCAAAGCAAAUUCAUAGGCUGGACAGGUAUACCACAGGAGCGUAUCUUCUUGCAAAGUCCAAUGUGCACGCACGAGCGCUUUUACAGCAAUUUCGAGAGCACUCUAUAAAGAAGACAUAUCUAGCAGUUGUUCGUGGAGGGCGGAAGUCUUUUCCGAGUUUAGCGAGCGGCAGUAUCAAUGUCCCACUAAGUGUUCGCGACGAGAGAACGGUUGUAGAUGAAAGAAACGGGAGACCUGCUUUGACAGAUUGGGAACUUCUCGGUUCAUCGAGUAAUGUCCCGCUCUCCCUGCUUCGGGUCUCCCUUCAUUCAGGUUUAAAGCACCAGUUGCGAGUGCAUUUGUCUCAGGCAAUGCAAGUGCCAAUACUCGGGGAUACGUUUUAUUCUGAAAAGGCUCCGCUGCAAAGUAUUUUAGACAUUGUUCCGAAAGAUGUGACUGUGGUAUCGCAACAGACACAACCCGAAGGUCCUACAGGAGAUCCAGAAAAAUCGACUCACCGACUAUACUUGCACUCUGCCCACAUUGAUGUCAUCCGGUAUCGCUCUUUUGGGAGCCAUAAACGAGUCAUACUUGGGGUCAGUGCUCCAGUUCCCUGGUACUUUCGGGAGCUCUGCAAGUCGGCAGGUCUAAGCCAGUAUAUUCCACCUGAAUAUAUAAAUGGUGGAUUGUCGGUAAACAGAGUUCCAAUUCAGCUUAAUGAAGAAGUUGCAGGCCUGGAUGGGAAGUGGUUAGGACCAUAGAGCACGAGAACCCGUGUGAGAAUAAAUUAAAGCGAAUGCUUCGCAAUCACAAUAAC